AUGAUGAAGGAUUGCACUGACUAUUCCAAGGGGUGCGAGGCUUGUCAAAGGCAUGGCCCAAUCCAGCAAGCUCCUUCAGUUCCCAUGAAUCAAGUAGUCAAGCCAUGGCCAUUCAGAGGAUGGGCAAUGGAUCUCAUUGGUAAGAUUUAUCCAGCCAAUAGCAAACAACACUGUUUUAUUAUUGUAGCUACAGACUAUUUCACCAAAUGGGUGGAAGCCAAGCCUGUUAAAUCUAAUACAUCUCAAGAAAUCAUCACUUUCAUAGAAGGGCAGAUCAUACAAAGGUUUGGCAUUCCAGAAUCAAUCACAACCGACAAGGGAUCUUCUUUCAUAUAUGGAGAAAUGCUAGAUAUGGCAGAAGCAUUCAAGUUUAAACUACUUCAAUCCACUCCUUAUUAUGCUCAGGCUAAUGGACUGGCAGAAUCAAGUAAUAAGGUGAUCAUUAACAUUAUCAGGAAGAUGCUUGAGAAAAAUCCCAAGCAAUGGCAUGAGAAGUUAUCAGAAACCCUGUGGGCAUAUAGAACUUCAAAAAGAGAGGCAACUGGCAUGACCCCUUAUACUCUGACUUAUGACCAUGAUGCAAUUUUGCCUAUGGAAAUAGCAGUCCAGUCCCUCAGAAUUACACAUCAACACAAUCUGGUUGGAGAAGACUACUCUCAAGCCAUGCUGCUAGAACUGGAAGGAUUGGAUACAAGUAGGAUUGAUACCCUCAACAAACUCUUAGCAGGAAAACAGGCUGUGUCAAGGGCUUACUACAAGAGAGUUAGAAACAAGAGUUUUGAAGAGGGAGACGCCCCUUGGAACACACAUAGCUGGAUAUGGAAAAUGGUCACUUACAUGGGAAGGCCCCUUCAUAAUUAA